UAUUCUUUUAUUCCCAAAAUACCCUUCUUUCCAUUUCUCACCUAAAAUCUCCCCCAAAAAUUUGCAAAUUCAACGACGAUCUCGUCGGCGAUGAUGGAGAGAACGUACGGCCGCCGCAAGCCGGGUCUCCCGCCGAGAACCCCAUCAAACUCCCUAAACGACACCGUUUCACAGACGGAACACCUCUCCUCCUCUUCCUCCCCAGACAUCGAAGAACCCUUUGACUACCCACUCGCUCCUUUCUUCAGUCAAGAAGAGUCGUCCACUUACGGAGGCGUAGCACGGAGGGAGAAGAGAGCGAGGAGCCACCGUGAGGCUCUAGCUUUCACUUCCACGUUGCUCGAGGCGCAGGAGUUUGGUGAGCUGAUGGAGAACGAGGACGAGGUUAACUUCGCGCUCGAUGGGUUGCGGAAAGGGCAGCAGGUGAGGGUCAGGAGGGGUAGCUUGUCGUCUUUGCUCGCGAUUUGUGCUUCUCAGCAUCAGCGUCGCUCUUUGAGAGCUCAGGGGAUCUCCCAAUCCAUAAUUGAUGCGAUUUUGAGUCUUAGCCUUGAUGAUAUACCAAGCAAUCUUGCGGCAGCCACCCUUUUCUUUGUGCUAACUGCUGAUGGUCAAGACGAGCACUUUAUGGAGUCACCCAAGUGCAUCAAGUUUCUGAUUAAGUUGUUGAAACCUGUAACUGCUACUAGCACCCAAGGGAAGCCACCGAAUAUUGGAUUUAAGCUCUUAUCGUUGCUUAAGGAUGUUGAUCCAGCACGGGAUGCAGUGAAAAUGAAUGAUCCAAGCUCCAGCGUUAUACUAUCAAGAGUUCAAGAACUUCUUGUUAAUUGCAAGGAAAUGAGAUCUAUUGAUGACAGCUAUAAAGCUGAAACAACCAGACCUAAACUAAGUGCGAAAUGGGUAGCUUUGUUGACUAUGGAGAGGGCGUGCUUAUCCAAAAUUUCUUUUGAUGAUACUUCUGGUUCUGUGAAAAAGACAGGAGGGAAUUUCAAGGAGAAAUUGCGAGAACUAGGAGGACUUGAUGCAGUCAUUGAGGUUGUUGUGGACUGCCACACUGUAAUGGAGCGCUGGAUGGAAUAUGACUCACUCUCCGUCCAGGAUAAGAAGGAUAACCAGCAUAAGCAGAGUCUAAUGUUGCUCUUGAAAUGUCUGAAAAUCAUGGAGAAUGCUACAUUCCUCAGCAUAGACAACCAGAACUUUUUGCUCGGAUUUAAGGAAUGCUUGAGUUCUCAUGAAUCUCGAAUGUCGUUCACAGAGCUCACGAUAAGUGUCAUCAAGAUACUUUCAGGUCUUCACUUACGUGGAGGGUUUUCAAGUCCUCACAGGAACAAUGUAAAUCCUCACUGUUCAUAUGGUGAUAUCUUGGGAGCAGAUCUUAGAGUUAACGAUCAAGUCGUGACAAUCAGUUCAGAUACAAGCUCAGAUUUUGGCUCUAUCUCUACGAGGAAUGGGAGUGUAUCUCAGAGAAGCCAUACCGUAAUCGAUUUAGAUUCAUCACCGACAUCAAUGUCUGGUUCUCAAUCAAGUGUUUCAGGAAAUGAGCCCACUACGUCAACAACAAGACUUGGUUCCACCAUCUCUGGUUCGUUUGCAGGCAGAUUGGCAUCAUUAGGUAGUGACAUUGCUAGAAGUACUUCAAGGACUAGUCAAGUUGGAGAACCAAGUUGUAAAAGAAAUGGAAACUUUUCAUUCACAGAGGAAAACGAAGAUCCUUUUGCCUUUGAUUUAGAGGAUUCUGAACCUUCCAAAUGGGCAUUAGUAUCUGUAAAGCAAAAGAAAUCUGGAGCUCAAAAGAAGAAAGGAUGUCACAAACAAAGUAAAGAUGAGUGUUUGUAUCAGCCUCUCUCGAGCCAAGAGGAAUCAUCAAACCAUAGGGUGAAUUCCCAGGAAGAAACAAGUGACAGAGACUACAGUAUAUCUCAGCAAGUAUCUUAUUCUUCUACAAAUGACAUUGAUGAAGAAUGUCUCUGUCUUUUAUCUGAUUGCCUUCUAACAGCCGUUAAGGUUUUAAUGAACUUAACAAAUGAUAACGCUGUGGGUUGUCGGCAAGUUGGUGGGUGCAGAGGGCUGGAAAGCAUGGCUGAAUUAAUUGCCAGACAUUUUCCUUCUUUCACCGGAUCUCCGCUUUUCAGUGAGAUAGAAAAAACAGAAUCAUCCCAUCAGAAGAAAGUCAAACAUCUUACAGAUCAGGAGUUAGAUUUUCUCGUUGCCAUCUUGGGUUUGUUGGUAAAUUUGGUGGAGAAAGACGGUGUGAACAGAUCACGGCUUGCUUCAGCGAGUUUUGCUAUUACAAAACCAGAAGGGUUGCAAGAGAAUGAACAGGAGAUGAUUCCUUUAUUUUGUUCGAUCUUUCUCACCAAUCAAGGAUCAGCAGACACCAAAGAAGAAACAACUACUUCCACCUUAGAUGACGAAGAAGCUGUUUUAGAAAGCGAAAAGGAAGCAGAGAAGAUGAUUGUGGAGGCAUACUCUGCUCUACUACUCGCGUUUUUGUCAACUGAAAGUACAAGUAUACGUAACUCCAUCAAAGACUAUCUCCCGAAACGCAAUCUCGCAAUUCUUGUACCGGUCUUGGAGAGAUUUGUGGCAUUUCACACGACUCUAAACAUGAUCCCUCCCGAGACACAUAAAGCAGUGAUGGAAGUGAUUGAAUCCUGCAAAUUACCGUAA